CAUCACCAUGCUGGUCUACAGCUACCACGCCAACACCGACCUGAGGGACUACAGCGGGAAGAAGGCGCACCAGUACCUGAGGGAAGGGACCUCCCUCGUGAUCAGGCGCCUGCUGGGGGACCCCAGCCUUUCCCAAAACAUGGAGCACUCCAUGCCCAUCAAGAAGUCCACAAAGCUUGCAGCUUCAAUCUUGAGCUCCACUAGCACCUUCCUGGGGGUCAUAUCCGAUGACAUGGCUUUCUAUGAUCUCACCAAGGGUUUAAGGAAGCCUUCGACUUUAAACAAGCUUCUGGCUGCCACUACGGGCCCAAGGAGAAAGCCAAAGACCAGAGGGAGCUUCCCUUCUUAUUCCUCCCUCUCCGAGGUGAUGGAGGAGGAGGAGGAGGUUGUCGUGAAACGCAGACCCGUUUCUGAGCUGUUCUUUGGCCACUAACCUCUGCCUUACUGUGAUCAAAAUUGUUCAGUACCGUGGCUGCUGUCUCAGUUUUCUCUCGCAGAAGCAGUUUGGAUUUCUUCUCUCCGUGUGUGUCAUUUUGGAUGUUUGACUAAAUGGUUGAUACGGUCUGGAUCCAAAGUCCACAGGAUGGAAACCCAGCUCCAGACGCCUGUGGGAAGGGAGCUGCCAGGAAGUGUUGUACAUGCUGUCUGCACCAUCGUGCAGAGGCACUGGGGGAGACCACAGACUUCAUGCUUGAAAAACUAAAACAACCUCUGUGUGUGUAGACAGGUGAAAAUGCUCGAGGUACAGCCAUCUUGAUGUGUGUUCCUGGGUUGGAGAGCAGAAGAGAGGUGAAGGAUUGCGUAUUUUACACUGUGAACAGCAAGCUGGUAGCUGGCUACUUUAACAGGGCUUGUUAUCUAGCAGACUUAAAUUAUCAGAGGAAAGAUACAUAGUUUUCUAUGAUGUUUCUGAUUAUUUUGGUAGAAGAAGAGGGAUAUUUCUAUUUACAAAAAUUGUGUACUUUUUCAAAACAAAGUUUCUCACUAUCAGAAAUACUAACAAUCUCAGUUGUUGCCUUAUGCAUUUCUUUAGAUGAACAACUUAAAGAAAACAGAACCCAACCUUCAUCACUCAAGUCACCAUGACUUGUCUACCUCAGUUUGGAAGCUUGGUUGGUGUUUUAAUUUUUUUUCUCUUCCUGGAAGAGUUUUUGACCAGGUGGUACUAACCACGUCUUGAUGAUACUGUGAACAUGUGACUAGAGUUCAAUCAACUUAAUCUGAAUAAAAACCUUGUUGAUAGUGAAAAACUGAACUGAAAAGCUGGGAAUCAGAACCUGCAGAGUUUCUAAGUAGCCAACUGGAAACAAAGUUGGGCUUGUAUGUCUGAUUCUUUUUGUUUAAAACUUGGCCUUUGAUUUUGACCUAUUUACAAUAAAUGUUUAUAAACAGUGGGCUUUAUGUUAUGUUAAGUGUUUCAUGAUGGAAUGUCUGCAUGACCUCUUGCAGCGAUGUUUAUCUUAACAGCAUGAUUCACUGACCUAAAACUAGCUCGUCUUUUGUAUUAUUAACAUAAUUGUUCUAUGUAUAGAGCUACACGUAGCUCCAAAAAGCAUGCUAACUGCAGGUUAAGUAGUAUAUUUGCAGUGAGAUUAUUAUUUUUUUAAUUACCAUUUGGUUAAAGGUAAUGCAGGGAGGCAGAGCUGUGAACAGAAACUGUCCAACUCCUGGGGCCAGUCUGCUAAAACAGCAUGUUUUCUCUAAAAAUGUGACUAGAAACCUGUAUAAUUCUGAGGUGAUGAAGGUGAGAGCAGUGCUGUGCUGGCUCUGCUUUGCAGCCCCAUCGGGGUUUUGGUUUCCACACAGAAACACUUGUUUGCAUGCUUUACCUUUCUGUCCCAGUCAGUGACUUCAGGAAUGUGGUUUUUUUCUGCCUUGAAUUAAGCCUAGUACUUGUAACUGGCUAUAAUUGGCUUGUCCCAAAUGCUCAGCAAGGAAUGCUGUAGGACUGAAGGUGGAGGCACUGCCCUCUUUGCUUUCAAGUGCUCUUCCUGAAGUCCCUGGAGUUGGUUGGGAGCGUGAUCAGAGCUUGCAGGGAGCUCUGGUGCACCUGUUCUGGGAAGAGACUGGAUUAUUCUGCACUGGUCUGCUUCUGUAUUGAACUAAUUAAGUUGUUAAGCAAAGGUUAAUGAUCAAGCACCUCAUGACUUCUAUAUCUGGAGUAGGGUUUAAAAAAAUAAAAUCCAAUUUGCUGCGUA